UCUGCAGCCAUCUUGCUUGAUGCUGAGAAAUCCUUCGUUUUGUCUUCAGAAGAUUUUGGGAUCAACCAUUAAAUCUAUUAUUGCACAAACUAUAGAUUUAUAUGCCGCAAAAGAAUAUCAGAUGACACUGGCAUAGCAGAAGAUGCAGCUUUGAUAUUUAUCUUUUGAAGACUGACUGAAAAUGCUAUAUGGGACGGAUAUUUAACACUGUGUCUAUAAAUUUAUCAUAGAGUUCAAGUGACAUAUUUGCAGUGAACUGAGAUUAUUAGCAACAUUUCUGUGCGUUAUAAUCUGGAAUGUGUACAAAAUGUGUGUGCUAAUUUCAUUUGGGCAAAUUUUCAAGCAUUUUUAGAUAAAGAUAAGACUGGAGAGAGAUAUUGAAGUUGAAAAACUUUGUAAUGAAUAAAUUAUAAAAGCAAAAAUUGCAACAAAUAUACAUAGAGGGAAAUAUGUAUAUACAUAUUGAGAUUUGAGGUGAAAAAUAUUGAAAAACUGAGAAAAUUAAGGAAUUGAUUCUUUUCCUGAAGACAUGCCUAAAGAUACAAGAAAACCAUCACAUGACUGUGAUAUCUGUAAAAAGUCAUUCUCUCAAAAGUGUAAUCUAACUAGCCAUAAACUUAUUCACACAGGUGAGAAGCCAUAUCGCUGUGAUAUCUGUGGUGAAUCAUUCUCUGUACGUAGCAGUCUAACCACACAUGUACGUGUACAUACAGGAGAAAAGCCAUAUCAGUGUGAUAUCUGUGGUAAAUCAUUCUCUGUACGUGGUAGCUUAACAACACAUAAGCAUGUUCAUACAGGAGAGAAGCCAUAUCAGUGUGAUAUCUGUGGUAAAUCAUUCUCUGUACAUGGCAGCCUAACAACACAUGUACGUGUACACACAGGAGAGAAGCCAUAUCAGUGUGAUAUCUGUGGUAAAUCAUUCUCUGUGCGUAGUAGCUUAACAACACAUAAACAUGUACACACAGGAGAAAAGCCAUAUCAGUGUGAUAUCUGUGGCAUAUCAUUCACUGAAACUGGUCACUUAACGGUACACAAACGUGUUCAUACAGGAGAGAAACCAUAUUGCUGCGAUGUCUGUGGUAAAUCAUUCUCUCGGAAUGGUAACCUAACGAAACACAAACGAAUUCAUACAGGAGAGAAGCCAUAUCACUGUGAUAUCUGUGGUAAAUCAUUCCCUGGCAGUGGUGACUUAACUACACACAAACGUAGUCAUACCGGAGAGAAGCCGUAUCAUUGUGGUAUCUGUGGUAAAUCAUUUUCUGCAAAGUGUGCUUUAACUUCUCACCAAAGUGUGCAUACAGGCGAGAAGCCAUUUCACUGUGAUGUCUGUGGUAAAUCAUUCUCUCGAAUUAAUUACUUAGCUGCUCACAAGCGUAUUCAUACAGGAGAGAAGCCAUAUCACUGUGAUAUCUGCGGUAAAUCAUUCAGUCAAGGCAAUGACUUGACUAAGCACCACCGUAUUCAUACAGGGGAGAAGCCUUAUCACUGUGAAAUCUGUGGUAAAUCAUUCUAUGGAAGUAGUGAAUUAACUGGCCACAAACGUCUUCAUACAGGAGAGAAGCGGUACCGUUGUGAUAUCUGUGGUAAAUCAUUCACUCGAAAUACAACCUUAACUACUCACAAACGAAUUCAUACAGGAGAUAAGCCAUAUCAGUGUGAUAUCUGUAGUAAAUCAUUCUCCCAAAUUGUCAACUUGACUGUGCACAAGCGUAUCCAUACAGGAGAGAAGCCGUAUCGGUGUGAUAUCUGCAGCAAAUCAUUCUCUGUAAUUCAUAGCUUAAAACUACACAAACGUAUUCAUACAGGAGAGAAGCCAUAUCAAUGUGAUAUCUGUGGUAAAUCAUUUAGUGCAAGCCUUAACUUAAAACGACACAAACGUAUCCACACAGGAGAGAAGCCAUAUCAGUGUGAUAUCUGUGGUAAAUCAUUCUCUGUACGUAGUAGCUUAACAACACAUAGACGUAUUCAUACAGGAGAAAAGCCAUAUCGCUGUGUUAUCUGUGGUAAAUCAUUUUCUGAAAGUAUUCACUUAACAUCACACAAACAGAUUCAUGUAAAAGGAGAGACAUAUCAGUGUGAUAUCUGUGGUAAAUCAUUCUCCCAAAUUCGUAAUGUUACUAAGCACAAACGUAUUCAUACCGGAGAGAAGCCAUAUCAGUGUAUUUUCUGUGGUAAAUCAUUCUGUGGAAGUGGUGAGUUAACUCUACACAAGCGUACUCAUACAGGAGAGAAGCCAUACCAAUGUGAUAUCUGCGGUAAAUCAUUCUCUGGAGGUAGUGAGUUAACUAUACAUAAACGUAUUCAUACAGGGAAGAAGCCAUUUCACUGUGAGGUUUGUGGUAAGUCGUUCUCUCAAAGUAGUAAUUUAAUAACACACAAACGCAUUCAUUCAGGGGAGAAACCAUAUCAGUGUGAUAUCUGUGGUAAAUCAUUUACUGUCAAUAGUACCCUAAUUUACCACAAACGUAUUCACACAGGAGAGAAGCCAUACCAGUGCGAUAUCUGUAGUAAAUCAUUCUCCGUAAAAAGUACCUUAAUAAUACAUAAACGUAUUCAUACAGGAGAAAAGCCUUAUCAUUGUGAUAUUUGCAGUAAAUCAUUCUCUGAAAGUAGUAAGCUAAAAGUACAUAAACGUGUUCACACAGGCUAGAAGCCACACCAUUGUUAUAUAUAUGGUAAAUCAUUCCCUCAAAUUAGUAGCUUAAUAGUACAUGGAUGUUAUUCAUACAGGAGAGAAGCCAUAUAAAUGUGAUAUUUAUAGGAAGACAUUCUCUCGAAAUAGUAAUUUAAGAAUACACAAAUAUGUUCAUGCUAGGUAGAAGCCACAUCACUGUGACGUCAUCAUCAUCGCUUAGCGUCCGCUUUCCAUGCUAGCAUGGGUUGGACGGUUUGACUGGGGUCUGGGAAACCAGAAGGAUGCACCAGGCUCCAGUCUGAUCUGGCAGUGU